AUGAUGCAUGCAUAUUGCAUCAUAUUUGUCUCUCAACUGCUCUCCAUUUCUGGGGCUAUGGAGAGCAGCAUCGUGGGUGGUAGGGUUGCAAAGCCUCAUUCUAGACGCUACAUGGCAUCACUGCAGGUCCGUGGACACCAUACAUGUGGUGGGAUACUUAUUCGAGAGGACUUCAUCUUAACUGCAGCACACUGCAGACAGGAUGAACAAUUGACAGUGGUACUUGGAGCACACGACAUAACCAAGAAAGAGAAAAGUCAGCAAAGGAUUGAAGUGAAGCAGCACUAUCCACAUCCGAAAUACAAAGGGCAAUAUGAUAAUGACCUCAUGUUACUUAAGUUAAAAAAGAAUGCAAGGCUUGAUAAGUAUGUGAAGCCCAUUGGACUACCUAAGAAAGACAAGAAAAUUCUAGCCAACAUCACGUGUGAAGUUGCUGGCUGGGGCCUAACUGGAGACAACAGAGUUGUGUCAGAUGUACUGAGGGAGGCCACGGAGAAGAUGCAAUUCAGCUUUGAGUGCAAAUAUAUAUGGGGAGAAUACUUCAAGUCUGAACACAUGAUAUGCACCGCAUUUACCAAGAAGAAGGGAGGGGUUUGUCAGGGUGAUUCUGGUGGACCACUUAUCUGCAACACCAAGCUUUACGGGAUAACAGCUUUCACCAGAGAAGAAGAUUGUAAUAAUCCCAAGUAUCCCCAUGUCUUCACUAAAGUCCACGCCUUUCUGCCGUGGAUUAAGGAAGUGAUGCAGGGAUUGGGGGAUGCUGAAUGA